AUGUCCAAAGAGAUCGAUCAUGGCAAAUCGGAGUCCCUUCGUUCUCCCUCCACCUCCCACUCACACACCGAGUCGGAACUCUCGCGGACAGAGACUCAAUCGUCACGUCCUGGCCUAGCUCACUCGGUCAAGUCGAGGCUGCGAUCCCGUUCUAACGCCAGCGCCUCUCGUAUAGACAGGGUGUAUUCCGCUGGAUACUUAGAUGACCAAUCUGUCUAUCACAGCCAUGAUUCCAACGACGAGGAUGGCAGCGAACCGGUCCUGGAAGCUCGAGACGGUAUCGUCAACGAGCGUGAUGUCGAUCUGGAACAAGGAGCUGGUGCGCAUCAAGAACUCGAGAAGUCCGGGACGGGACGGUCAGAUCGAUCACAGCGCGAUCCAUACCUGGUGAAGUGGAAUGGAUCCGAUGACCCAGAGAACCCGAAAAAUUGGACCAACAAGAAAAAAUGGGCGGCUACCAUCACCGUCUCUAUGUUUACCUUCAUUUCGCCCGUUGCGUCCUCCAUGGUUGCCCCGGCGCUGCAGUCUCUGGCGGCGGAUUUGAAGAUCCAUGAUGAGGUCGUCAUCCAAAUGGCUCUAUCUAUCUUCGUCCUGGCCUAUGCUGUUGGUCCGUUAUUUCUGGGCCCACUGUCGGAGAUAUACGGCCGAGUGAUCGUCCUUCAGCUCGCCAACCUGGUCUAUCUCGUUUUCAACAUUGGCUGUGCCGUCUCGCAGACCACCACACAGCUUAUCGUCUGCCGGUUCUUUUCGGGGCUGGGUGGUAGUGCCCCACUGGCCGUCGGUGGUGGCCUCCUAUCCGACUGCUUUCGCCCGGAAGAGCGAGGCAAAAGCAUUGCCAUCUACAGUCUCGCCCCGCUCCUAGGUCCAGCUGUCGGGCCCAUCGCAGGCGGUUUCAUCGCCGAAAACACCACCUGGCGCUGGGUCUUCUACUCGACAUCCAUCGUGGAUGCCUUCAUCCAAUUCGCCGGACUUUUCUUCCUGCGCGAGACGUACGGCCCAAGGAUCCUGCGCGAUCGCGCCAAACAGCUCCGCAAGGACACUGGCGACGAAUCCUACCAAACCGAAGACGAACGACAGAACAAGACCCUCCUACAAGUCCUCCGCACAUCGCUCGUCCGCCCCUUCCGCCUCCUCCUCACCCAGCCCAUCGUGCAAGUCAUCGCCGUCUACAUGGCCUACAUCUACGGCAUCAUGUACCUGGUCCUCUCGACCUUCCCCACCCUCUGGACCAGCCCAGAAUACUACAACGAGUCCACCGGCAUCGGCGGCCUCAACUACAUCUCCCUCGGCCUCGGCUUCUGGUUCGGCUCGCAACUCUGCGCCCCGCUCAACGACCGCACCUACCGCCGCCUCAAAGCGCGCAACAACAACAUCGGCCGUCCCGAGUUCCGCACUCCCCUCCUCUACAUCGGAGCGGUCAUCCUGCCCGCAGGCCUCUUCAUCUACGGUUGGACAGCCCAAAACCACGUCCACUGGAUCGCGCCCAACAUCGGCGCGCUCCUCUUCGGAAUGGGCAACAUUAUCACCUUCCAGUGUAUCCAGACGUACACGGUCGACGCCUACACGCGGUUUGCGGCCAGCGCGCUGGCAGCCAGUUCGUUUCUGCGCUCGCUGGCGGGGUUCGGGUUUCCGCUGUUUGCGCCUUAUAUGUACAAGACGUUGAAGUAUGGGUGGGGGAAUAGUCUGUUGGCGUUUAUUGCGUUGGGGCUGGGGAUUCCGGCGCCGAUCUUUCUGUGGAGGUAUGGGGAGAAGUUGCGGAAGAUGAGUCCUUAUGCGGCGGGAUAA